UGACUAGUCAUCCGGAUGCCUGGGAGAGUGAACAUGAUUUCAAACAUCAGGCAUAAGUCUCAGAGAAGCCACGUGCUGUUGCUAUGCUUCAUACUUCUUGAGAUGGUGAUCAUGGCAGGGACCGUGAUGCUGGCUUACUACUUCGAGUACACCGACACCUUCGCCGUCAACGUGCAGGGCUUCUUCUGCUACGAGGGCGCCUACCGCAAGCCCUACCCGGGCCCGGAGGACAGCAGCGCCGUGCCCCCGGUGCUCCUCUACUCGCUGACGGCGGGCGUGCCCGUGCUGGUGAUUAUCGUUGGAGAAACUGCAGUGUUUUGCCUACAGUUAGCUACAAAGGAUUUUGAAAACCAAGAAAAAACAAUAUUAACUGGAGACUGUUGUUAUAUAAAUCCACUGGUGCGCAGAACCAUCAGAUUCCUUGGAAUUUACGCAUUUGGACUGUUUGCUACGGACAUCUUUGUAAAUGCUGGACAAGUAGUAACAGGGAAUCUUGCACCACAUUUCCUUGCACUUUGUAAACCCAACUAUACAGCACUUGGAUGUAAACAGUAUACACAAUUCAUCAGUAGUGCACACGCCUGUACAGGAAACCCAGACCUUAUCAUGAAAGCCAGAAAGACAUUCCCAUCCAAAGAAGCAGCACUAAGCGUAUAUGCAGCUAUGUAUCUGGCUAUGUAUAUCACCAGCACAGUAAAAGCCAGAGGAACAAGGCUUGCAAAACCUGUUCUGUGUUUGGGCUUAAUGUGCUUAGCUUUCCUUACUGGAAUCAACAGAGUAGCAGAGUAUCGAAAUCACUGGUCAGAUGUAAUAGCAGGAUUUGUAAUUGGAAUAUCUAUAGCAGUAUUUUUGGUUGUUUGUGUGGUAAAUAACUUCAGAGGACGUCAGCCAGAACAUGAACAUUCUCAUAUGGCUAAUCUGGCCCAGAUGCCCAUGAUCAGCAUACCCCGAGUAGAAAGCCCUUUAGAAAAGGAACUUCGAAUUUCUUCCACGGUGUAGCCAUGAUGUGAUGUGGACAGGCAGACUGUUCUACAUCCCCACCUGGAUAUGCAGUUUAAACAUCACCCUCUAAAGUCCCAAAGAAACUGUGUGUUGUAUCAAGGCGAGGGUUGGACCUAGGGUCUAGAGACAGCGUUAUGCCACACUUCUUCAUCUCGACUAGAAAGGUUUAAGAUCUACUUUUUCACAGCUGAUAAAAAAUAUAAAUACCAUCUUCUUCAGCUGACAUGACAGCAGAAAUCAAAGAAUGCCGUGGUCUCUGAAAUAACACAUCCACCUAGUGUGUUCCUGAUUUACGAGGUGUACAUUGUUACCAUUUAUCCUACCAAUUAAAUAUGGUCCUGAAUCCAUUUUCUUACACUGAUCUCCCUGAGGCAGCUAGUGCGAUAAAUUACAUCUUCCAUCAGUGGUUCCUGCAGGACAGCACGAUGUUCAACAGGCAUCAUGCAGCUGGCCAGGUGUAAGCUGGACACUGCCAGGGCAGAGCACUACUGGACAUGAACAGGGCGACUUGUAGCCAAAGGAACUUGGCCCCAAAGCCGAGCUACCCGGUAAGUGACACAACACUUUACAGUAUCUCACUAUGCAAAACAGCAUGACUUUUUAUCUCUACGUGCAUUAAUCCUACAGCUUGGUGGUACUAACCCGGUUCAGCCUGGAGUUAAAAUAUCUGUUCAGAAUGUGAUAGCUUCAGCAUUGCUUUUCUUCAUUUCAAGCCUGAAUACUAGAAUCGUAGGUCAGCAUUUAAUGCCUAUCUGGUGCCUGUCUGAAUGACUGCCUUCUUCACUGCCUAAAUUUUGGAGUGGAAGGCCAAUGUCUGGCUUUUUAAAAGCACUACAAGCAGCUGGUUCUAAAAGCCUGGUGGGAGAAGCACGGCUCCAAAAAGAUUUUUUUCCAUCCAAUGGACCUGACAUCUCAUGAGGUUUAAUUCGUGAUUCCAGCCCGUUUCAGCUGCACUGACCUUGGGAAUGUUUUGCAUUCUCCUGUUGUAUAACCACCUGUUUGUUAAAUCCUUUAAUGUUUGCUGUGACCAAUGCUAAAGAUCUCACAGCCUUUUAUCAGCUCUAAUGACAGUCUAAGGUUCCUUAUCUAUGGUGGAAAUGUACUUCAGGUAAGAUUAGAAUUCACGCCACUCAUUGUCAGCAGAAUUUCUGGCUACUAGAUUGCACUGACAAGUUCAAUCUGACGUCUGUGAGAUCAUUAGAAGCUACAUAAGGUAUGCCUAGGAAUAGAAAUGUGCAAAUAAAGCCAAACUCAGCAUUUGGCACCAAUUCCAAUAACAGUACUUCUGUUUUCAGACUUUUUUUUCCAAUCUCCUAUCAUUCUGAAAUCAGUCGGGUUACAAAUGUUAGCAAAAUAGUUCAAGAUGUAAUAAAAAUUAAAACAUAGUAAAAGCAGAUACAGAAAACAGUUAAAAGUUACCUGAACAGUUAAAAAUAGCAGUACACCACUCUCUGUGGCCAAACUAUCAUUAACACAAAAAGCCUUCAACUUCUAAUUAAGAAAAAAGUCUUCAGGAUAUAGCCACCACUCAAUUACAGAGGACAGGAUUUUAUGAUUAGACUAACAGGUAUUUGUCUUGCUGCUCUCUUGAGUCUGCAAGGAGAAUUGAGGUCUCAGCAACAGCAUUUUUUGAAAUAAUCAAGAAACAGAGAGGCUGGAAAGGUAAAGCAAAGAUCUGAACAUCUAAGUAAUCAUGUGAUCUACGGGCUUUUACCAGAGCUGUAACAAGGAAAUUCAGAAACAGUGAAGAAAAGACCAGGUUUACUGGAAGCAAGGACAAACAUCUCCUUAUGGAGCAAAACACUGUCAAUAUCAAAUCCACAUGGUAGGAUCGAUGCAAUGCUAAAGGAAAAAUUAGUCCUUUCUGUUGAAGAAAACAGAGUGCAUGCACCUUGUCUGAGGACUCCGUGAGAUUAUACCAGAAAUACUUUCUGCAAAGGCCACGUCCUGCCAGGCAAUGUCCCUUCCCUACGGUGAAGAGCAGUAAGACCAGCUGCUACACAAGUUGUAUGAAAUUGCCAUUCAUCACUGAGUCACUCUGUGCAAAUGCAGUCGUUUUUAGCAAGUUGCCAACAAACCACACAAAUGGGAAGUACUGGUAAAAGGGAUGCAAUGCUGAAAAGUAGACCUAGCUAGCUGUGCACGAAUAACUUAAGUGGUGACCCUUAACACUCCUUUUUGCCAAAACAAAUUCUUAAUAUAUACUGUGCUGUCACAUGCACACAGCUAAUAGACCCGUCUAUGAUACAGCCAGUGUGAGACCUCACUUAGCAAUUAAUUGUGCAGUGCAUAGACAGAUAGGUCUUACAGAUAGGCUCAGACUAGACAUUUAAGUAAAGAUUUGCUGGAAGAUGGUCCUUGCUUAUUCCUAUAACUGUGAAAUUAGUGUUAUAUAACAUGUUAAUUUAUUUGCAAGAGAAACUGUAUUUCAGUCACCUUUCAUGUGACAUUCCCUAUAAACCUGGGCGAGCGAAGAGCAGACGUGGUUCUCCUGGCAGCCAGCGAUCUCUCUGUCCCCUGCCGGCUGGUUCCUGGCUGCAGCGAUGCCCCUGAACAUCCCUGCUACCCUGGGACAGGGAAACCGUGCGAGCCCCCACGCUCCCUCCCCCUCCAUUCUCCAUGUUGCUCAGAGGCUGCCCCCUCCCCACCUUUAAAAAAAAAUUAAAAAAUAGAUGUAUUUACUGACCGUCCCACUGCAGUACACAGAGGCAAAUUAUGAAAUACACUGUAGACAUCACAGAUUUAGAUAGUGGUAAUAUAUUCUUAUUUAUUCAUUUAAUUGACAAGAAAUCAAAUGAAAAUAUGCACUUCAGCUGCCAAAAACUACCUAAACAGCUCAUCUUUCCAUGAAAGCUAAUUACAACAACCCUAAUAAAAAAUGUCUGAAAUGUCAAGGACUUUCUCCAUCGAUAUACUAGAAAGUUGCCAUAAUUAUUAUCUAGUCAUUUUUAUAUAUUAUUUACACUGUAUAAUGCUUGGUGUUAACACUGUGCUGAAAGGACAUUAGUUAGGCUGUAGAGCUCAACUACUAAAAAUUUAAAAAAUGCCAGUUCUGCUCUCCACCACAGCUCUAAGCUGCACAGGCGGUAACGGAGCAGUGCAGAAAAGGUGUCCCAGCACCGGUGCCGCCAUUGCACAAGGGUAGGCUGAGGCCAGAAGUGAGCCAGUGGCGACAGUGGGCAGGCCAGCACGGAGGCCGUGCAAAUUUAUCCCCAAAUUCCUUUAAGUCAUCCCACUAAACUUCACUGGUGGCUUUCAGAGCGCCUACUUCCAUGAGUUACUACAGGUAUGGUCUGACUGCACCAGAAUGAAGAUGUCCAAAUGCUGGUUAAAAAAAAAAAAAAAUCCUAAAAAAUAACCAAGUAAGACAGAAACUUGAAGGAACAGGAUUGAGAGCUUUUAAUUUUAAAUAUGUCUAAUGGCUUUGCUCAUUCUACCUCCUUUUCCUCUCCUAUGUCAACUGAGCAGCAGCUAUGAGAGCACUGCAGCAAGUCUUACUUUCUCUUAACUCCCAAUGGGGAAGUAAAGAGAAAUGUUAAAAAUAAUCCACGGCACUGCCUGUAUUGACAAAACAUGAUCCAUGGAUGCCCAUUAUUACCAAUCCUUUGCUACAGCUGUCUAUCCACUGAAGUUUCUCAUGUUUCUCAUGGUUGCUUCUGCCUAGCAUGCACAGCUGCACAGAACAAGCUUUUUCAGAGAAAGUAUGGGACAUACAGAGACACCGUACAGUUACAGGGCAUGGCUUCACAGGACAUGCUUUCUUCAGGGGAUUCAUCUCUUGCAGUUAGAGUAAGGCCUAGAAUAUUUCAGCAUUCUGUACAGAGACGUACUCACCAUAUCCUUGUCUGCCUUUUUAUUGGCCAAAGCAUCAAUUUUGGAAUCGAGCUCGCUUUGAAUGUGGUCUCUCCUUUUCAAAACACCCUUAAAAUAAUAAAUAUAUAGAUAAAUAAAUAAAUAAAGCACACUAAUUUUUAGCAAUGUAUUCAGAAAACCAUCAAGCAAUUUGGAAAUUUAAUAAAUUAAGAUCACAGAAUGAAACAAUUCAAGAAUUUUGGCAUGAUACAAGUACUUUCCUUUAAAAAAUAAAAUAAAUAGUAAGGACUCAUAUUUCAAUACCUACCUUUUAUCUUAUGUGGUUUUUCUAGAAUCUUGGUAAAUCCAAAAGCAAUGCCACAAGAAUCUGCCAUACACGGUACCGUUACUAAUUGUAUGAGAAAAACUGCAGCAGCAGUUAACUUAGUAGUAACUCAACCUACAAUAUAUUAGUUUUGAAAAAGCAACAUGAGCUUGUGAAAUCAAAAAAAUCUUAUUUGAGGAAAAGCUACAAUACAAAUUAGAAUAAAUGACUAAGAAUGGUGUACAAGGAAUUAUUGAAAUUGUGACUUUAACCAAUAUUAUUCUGCAAGCGCCAACUGUAUUUCAGUAAAAUCAGAUAAAAUUAUCAUAAAAAUAAUAGAUGCAAUGACAUUGUUAUGUGUGCCUAUUUGCUGUAUAUGUAAUUACUUCCUCCCCUAAAACCGUCUUACAGGUUUUAGAUUUUUAGCAUAAUGUCAAAAAAUAAUUAGAAAGGGGAGGAAAUGUUAGUUGAUAGACUACAAAACAGGAAGGGUGUAACAGAUUAAAUUUCCAUUUCUGAUGUUCAUUUGCUACGUGACCUUGAGCAAGUCUUAUAAAUUUCUCUUUGCCUUAGUUUUCUCAUCUGUAAAAGCAUACUCAGGUGUGCUUAUGUCACAGAAAUGUUACAAGUCAUUAAUCCUUCUAAAAAAAAAGCAGAAGCAGGACAUACAUAAUUGCAAAUGUCAAAACCUCCUUUUACUUUGCCUUGCCACAACUGGUUUUACUGCUUCUUCUGCAUAUACAAAAAAGAUUUUCAGUAUUUACCUCUAGCACAGGGCAUGUCGAAACAGCACAGGGCCUACGCAGCUCUACGUUUCUAUCUGUCUUAUUUGACUGAGUUCUCUCUGGUAUCUUGUCACUUUAACAAGCAUGACAUAAAAAAUGAGUAGCUGAACUUUAGAAUAAUAUUUCAUGUUUCCUUUUGAACAUAUAUUCACUAGAAAAAUUUGGCAAACCUGACUUGGGACAACUCUGAGUACUACUUUAGCACUACAUACUAACACAUAAAUCUACCUUUCAAUAGCUUAGAAUAUCUUCUGCUUCAAUAAAUAUAGAAAAUGUUUAGCUGUAAGCACAGAAGCAACACAAUUAUGUCUAGAAAAGCUGUCCUUCGUAUUAUAAGUGCUUUAUCUUUUUUAUUAUUUCUUUUGCCUCUUUUAAAACUAUUUUGUUGACUAUAUGCCAACUUUUAUCACAAAUGUUAAGUUACAAGAUAAAAACAAUAAUUUUAAUAUUAAUGUGUUGCAACUAUAGGCAAGUGCUGAAUUCCAAUGUCGAACCAAGGGACUGUUUUAUACACAGAUCAUUAUACUUUUGUGAUUUGUAUAAUUAAUACUACCCUGCCACAAAGCCAUCAAAUAAUUGUAUGUGGACCCAUGACCAAUUUAGAGCUGCAGUUUGUACCCUGAAGCACAACAGCACAGUUACACUCUCUAGAUUUGUUGUCUCCACUGUGAGUCAGUUAGAAAGGAGCCCAUCUAGAGGUAAAAAUUUACCUAUGAAUUUAUCUCUUUCCUCAGUUUAAGGCUGAACUCCCAACACUGGAAAAUACAAGGACUAAUCCAUUGUACUGACCGCAACUUCUGCAUGUUUGCAUGUUAUCUUCUUGCAGCAACACACAAAGGUGCCUGUGGUGAGGUACCCUAGAAAGCAGGUUUUACUAGCGUGUGACUUCCUUCACUGUAUUUUUAGCAUGAUUAGUAGUCCCCUCUCCAUACUGUGAGAGGGAAGUAAGUUGUAGGAAAAAAAAACAACAACACAUGGUGAAUGAAAGGAAAAGAGCAGUAGUUAAAGAGGAAUGAAUGAGCUAGUAGAGAAAGAUUUUCCUUCAGACAGGACCUUGUGGCAGCUUAAUGCAGCAUUGCAAGUGUUGCAUCAAGGCAAUUGCAACUAAGGAAAACAAAACAAAACAAAACAAAACAAAAAAGGAAAAAAAAAA